AUGGAGUCUAGUAGUGACACCACCACUACCACCACCAUUACUUCUUCACCACCAUCUUCUCGGUCCGUCUCGCCGUCCUCUUCCUCUCCUCCUAACUCUCCACCAUCGCCACAAGUGGUCGUCAGCCCUUGUGCGGCCUGCAAAAUCUUGCGGAGGAGGUGCGCGGAGAAAUGUGUGUUGGCUCCUUAUUUUCCUCCCAAUGAUCCCAUCAAGUUCACUACCGCUCAUCGCGUCUUUGGUGCGAGCAAUAUUAUCAAGUUCUUGCAGGAACUACCAGAAUUUCAAAGAGCAGAUGCUGUGAGUAGUAUGGUGUAUGAGGCCAAUGCUAGGUUGAGGGAUCCUGUUUAUGGUUGUGCAGGAGCAAUAUGUCAACUACAAAAGCAAGUGAAUGAGCUUCAAGUACAAUUAGCUAAAGCACAAGCUGAGGUUGUCAACAUGCAAUGUGAACAAGCUAACUUUAUGACACUUUUUUGUAUGGAAAUGACACAAUCUCCACAAGCAUCACCACCACAACAAUCCUUGGACAAUUUCACUAAUAUCCCACAAUAUGGAAGUUCACAAAACAACAUGAGCAUCUUAGAUGAGAACAAUGUUGGAUCUAUAUGGGAGACUCUUUGGACAUGAUUAAAUGGAA